ACGGCAGCUGCAGUCAUCUAGGCGUGGUUCAGUUGUUGGGCUUCAGCUGCACAGAUCCUGGGCCAGAGAGCAGAGGAAGGACAGUUCAGGCAGCAGUCUUCCAGAUGGCUGAGCUGGAGCUGAUGGUGCCAGGGCCGCUGCCCGGUGUCAGCACACACCCUCUGGCCACUCUCAACCCAGCUUCUGACUCAGCCAGCCCAGCAGAGGAGAACAUGGGCUCCCUAGGGAACCCUCAGGGGGAGAGCGGGCAACUGGGCAGUGACUCUGCAGAGCAGGGGGGUCCUGGUGGUGAGGGAGAGGAGGAGAUCCCGUGUGACUUCUGUCUCGGGGACAACAGGGUGAAGGCGGUGAAGUCCUGCCUGAUUUGCAUGGUGAACUACUGUGAGGAGCACCUGCGGCCGCACCAGGAGAACGUCAAACUGCACAGCCACCAGCUGACCAAGCCGGUGAAGGAUCGAGACCUGCGUACCUGCCCGACCCACCACAGCCCGCUGGUGGCCUUCUGCGGCUCUGACCAGCAGUGCAUCUGCCAGGAGUGUGGCCAGGGCGAGCACAAGGGCCACACCUUGGUCUCCCUAGAUGCCGCCCGCAGAGACAAGGAGGCUGAACUUCGGCGCACACAGUCAGAGCUGGAGCGGAAACUCACUCUGAAUGAAAACGCCAUCACUAGGCUCCAAGCCAACCACAAAUCUGUUUUGGUGUCGGUGUCAGAGGUGAAGGCCGUGGUGGAGGAGCAGUUUGGGGAACUCUUUGCUACCAUGAAGAAGGCCCAGAUGGAUGUGCUGCUCUUCCUAGAGGAGAAGGAGCAAGCUGCUCUGAGCCAGGCCAACAGCAUCAAGACCCACCUGGAGCACAGGAGUGCAGAGAUGGAGAAGAGCAAGCAGGAGCUGGAAAGGAUUACUACCAUCAACAACACUGUCCUGUUCCUGGAGGAAUACUGCAAGUUUAAGAACGCAGAGGAAAGCACCUUCCCUAGUGUUUACAUAGGAUUCAAGGAUAAGCUCUCCGGUAUUCGCAAGCUCAUCAUGGAUUCCACUGCACAUUUGGUCCAGUUGCUGCAGAACUACAAAGAAAAUCUCCAGGAGUUUGCUAAGGAAGAGGAAUAUAACAUCAGCACUCAAGUGUCUGCCUUUAUCGAGCGCAAGUAUCGGACCUCCAUACCGGACCCCAUCACCAGGCAAGAGUUUCUGCAAUAUGCUUGUGAUGUCACUUUUGAUCCGGAGACAGCACACAGGUAUCUCCGUCUGCAGGAGGACAACCGCAAGGUCACAAACACCACGCCUUGGGAACAUCCUUACCCAGACCUCCCCAGCAGGUUCAUGCACUGGCGCCAGGUGCUGUCCCAACAGAGCUUGUACCUGCACAGGUACUAUUUUGAGGUAGAGAUCUCUGGGGCAGGCACCUACGUUGGUCUGACCUGCAAAGGUAUUGACCGGAAAGGGGAGGACCGCAAUGGUUGCAUUUCUGGAAACAACUUCUCCUGGAGCCUCUCUUGGAAUGGGAAGGAAUUCACUGCCUGGCACAGUGACAUGGAGACCCCGCUGAAAGCCAGCCCUUUCCGGAGACUGGGGAUCUACCUUGACUUCCAGGGAGGGAGCCUCUCCUUCUAUGGUGUGGCACCUGAUGCCAUGACUCUGGUUCACAAGUUUGACUGCAAGUUUUCAGAGCCAGUCUACCCUGCCUUCUGGCUCUCCAAGAAGGAAAACUCCAUCCGGAUUGUGGACCUGGGAGAGGAACCUGAGCAGCUGGUGCCCACCCUAGCACCUACCCCAGUGCCCACCCCAGGGCCUACCCCAGUGCCCAUUGCAGAGCCCACCCCAGCAUCCACCCCAGUGCCAAACUCUGUGGUGGCUGCACCCUGACACUCCCAGACUUUUGAUCCAUAUUAUGCUGUUGUCUAUUUUUUCUAGUCACUUUCAGGCAUCUAACCCUUCCAUCAACUAAUGACAUUCUCCUGUCUGUCAGAUGAAUGCCACACUGCCCAGAAUCAGGAAUCAGCAGUCUUCAGGGCAAUCCAAAUGAUUCUGGGGUGUUCACAAUAAAUUGCUAAGUAUUGUGCA